UUGUGCGGCGGUUUUCGUGUGAAUUGGAUAAGGAGAGCAACGUCUUGCUUUUGCUGAACAGAAUUGGUGUCGUUGCGGGAAAAAUGACUCUGUUGAGGAAAAUAAACCGGGUCCUCCUGAUGCUGUUGAUCCUGAUGGUGUAUGUUAUUCUGUACAGCAAGAUGCACAGAGCCCCACCACCGCCCAGUCACAUAGAAACGAAGGUGGAGCCAGGGGUUGCGGGCAGGGCGGCGGUGAAUGAGGUGGCGGCGGACGAGGUGGCGGAGGCGGAGGACGACAUCCUGGUGGUGGUCUGUGCCGCAGAGGAGCGCAUGGGCGCCGCCAUGGCGACCAUCAACAGCAUACGCAGCAACACGGAAGCCAGCGUCUUCUUCUACAUCGUCACCCUGCACGACACUGUCACGUAUGCGAGGCAGUAUAUACAGAAGUCUGAACUGAAAGACAUCAAGUAUAAGAUCCUAGAGUUCAAUCCUAUGGUUCUGAAAGGUAGAGUGAGACCAGACUCUUCCCGACCUGAACUGCUGCAUCCACUCAACUUCGUCCGUUUCUACCUGCCACUGCUCGUCGUCAGACACAAGAGAGCCAUCUACUUGGACGAUGAUGUCAUCGUGCAAGGAGAUAUCCAGGAGCUGUAUAAGACCAGGCUGGAGCCUGGCCACGCUGCUGCCUUUGCCAGUGACUGUGAUCUGCCGUCUGAGGUGGUUCGCAGCAUGGGAAUGCAGACGACGUACAUGGGCUUCCUGGACUACAGGAAGCUGGAGGUGAGGGAGCUGGGGAUCAACCCCAGCGACUGCUCCUUCAACCCCGGGGUCAUCGUGGCCGACAUCGAGGCGUGGAAGCGGCAGAAGAUCACCAAGCAGCUGGAGACGUGGAUGCAGCACAACUUCAGGACUAACCUCUACAGCAGCGCCAUGGCGGGAGGCGUGGCCACUCCGCCCAUGCUGAUCGUCUUCCACGGGAAGCACACCGCCAUCGACCCCAUGUGGCACGUCGGCCAUCUGGGCUGGAGCCCUGACACCCUGUACUCGGACGCCUCUCUCCAGGAGGCACAACUGCUACACUGGAGCGGCCGCUUCAAGCCCUGGGACUACCCCGCCGUGCACAUGGAGCUGUGGGAGCGGUGGUACGUCCCCGACCCUACCGGGAAGUUCUCAUUGGUACGGCCCAACAGCUGAGUAAGAAGGAGAGGGAAGAGCGUGGAAAGGAGGAGGAAGGGGGGCAGAGGGCUUCCGAACAGCCUGAAACAUCACCGCAGUUUGGAGAUUCCACGGACAGGGUUGGAGAUCGGAGACGCGGCAAAGAAGCAUCUCCCAGCGUUUACUUUGGGUCACGCACACAGAGCGUAUGAGACUCUGCAAGAUCCAUGCAUCGGACAACGUGAGGGUCGAACUUCUCAGAACACCUUUAAUCACAACUGCUGUACCCCCCGUGCCAGCAGUGGCUCCCCCCACAGAC